AAAAGAUGGAACUUGUGAAGUAUGCAACUGUGGGACAAAUGCCGAAAGCUGUGCAUUUAAUCCUCAAGGAGAGAAAGUGUGCACAUGUAAACCAAACUAUCAAGAAAAAGAUGGAACUUGUGAAGUAUGCAACUGUGGGACAAAUGCCGAAAGCUGUGCAUUUAAUCCUCAAGGAGAGAAAGUGUGCACAUGUAAACCAAACUAUGAAGAAAAAGAUGGAACUUGUGAAGUAUGCAACUGUGGGACAAAUGCCGAAAGCUGUGCAUUUAAUCCUCAAGGAGAGAAAGUGUGCACAUGUAAACCAAACUAUGAAGAAAAAGAUGGAACUUGUGAAGUAUGCAACUGUGGGACAAAUGCCGAAAGCUGUGCAUUUAAUCCUCAAGGAGAGAAAGUGUGCACAUGUAAACCAAACUAUGAAGAAAAAGAUGGAACUUGUGAAGAAUGCAACUGUGGGACAAAUGCCCAAAGCUGUGCAUUUAAUCCUGAAGGAGAGAAAGUGUGCACAUGUAAACCAAACUAUCAAGAAAAAGAUGGAACUUGUGAAGAAUGUGAUUGCGGACAGGGAGGAACAUGUGUCCUUGGUCAAUAUGGGGAUGAAUGUAUAUGUAAUGAAAAUUUUAAAGUAAAUAGUCAAUCUGGGAAAUGCGAGGAAUGCGAUUGCGGGGAAAAAGGAACAUCUUGCAGCUUUGACACUUCCGGGAAUCAGAAAUGUGUAUGUAAGCCUGGCCAUAGUCAAAAAGACAACAAAUGUGAAGAAUGUGAUUGUGGGGAAAAAAAGGAACAUCUUGCAGCUUUGAAGCUUCUGGAACUCAGAAAUGUGGAUGUCAAUCGGGCUAUAGUCAAAAAGACAACAAAUGUGACAAAUGUGAUUGCGGGGAAAAAGCGAAAUCUUGCAGCUUUGACGCUUCCGGAAAUCAGAAAUGUGUAUGUCAGCCUGGUCAUAGUCAAAAAGACAAUAAAUGUGAAAGUAAG